AGCGCAGCUAUCGUGAGCGCACAUGCGUGCUUCACUCAUCCGGCGGGCACGGCGGCGUCGGCGCGCGCGCUUUCCGCUCAGCUUAGCCGACGCGCGCGGAAUGAAUGUGAAUUCCGCCGUCCGUGCCCCUUUUCAGUUGCCGCGGGGCCUUACGCGGUUGGACGACCCGACGGCAAUAACGCUGCGCUGUUCCUGCAGCUGCCUCGGCGCUCGCGCGACCUCGACUGCCGCUCCGCUGUAACCGCUCGCUCCGUGCCUCGAAACCUGCUCCCGAGACGAGGCUAAAGACGUCGAGCUAGGCGCGGAGCGAUCGGACGCGUACCUUCGGCCACAGCGCGCUUCGUCGUUCGCGAUUUCCAAGAGCUGCCGCGGAAUCUGGCCAUCUUCGAUGGCCCGUCCGUGGCAGCGCAGCCUGGACAUCAUGCCGCCCAGAAGAAGCGGUAAGCUGGCGGCGUCGGAAGCCCCCGUGCCUGACCUGUUCCCGGCCAAACUGUCGAAGGGGGAGGUCAACCCGGCGUUCUUCGACGAAGGCUGCGUGGACGCUACGGAAAUGCAACCCGCGGUGUCCCCCGGCUCGAACUCGGCUGCUGCCGGCUCUCCAACGCCCUCGGAUCAGCGACAGGCGGCGCCGUUCUCCGAGAAGACCUCCUGGAAGAACCGGCUGCCUUUCUUCGCCAAGGUGGCCGCGGCUUUGCUGUUCCACGCUUACCUGGCGGCGGGCAUCGCGCUGACGUGGAGCAGCACGCCCGACUUCUGUCACGACGUCAAGUUCCUCACGGUGAUCACGGUCAUCGUCUACGUCUUCGUUCUGUGGGGCGCCGCUACCACGCUGUUGGGGAGCGUCGGCGUGGUUCGUGACGCGUGGCAGAGCCUUAGCGACUGUAUCGAGACUACGCGGGAGAAACGCCGCUGGUUGCGGCCGUGCUUGUGGUUGUUGCUGUGGCUGUGUCUACUGUCGUUCAUAGUGUACGACUCGAUCAACGACAUCCACCGACUCAUCUCCCUCGCGGGAAUCGUCGUGCUCAUCUUACUCGGCUUCGCCUUCUCCAAGUCCCGCCUUAGGGUGAACUGGUACCAGGUGAUGUGGGGACUGCUCCUCCAGUUCCUACUCGGGCUCGCCGUGCUACGCUGGCCCCACGGCAGGGACGCGCUGCAAUGCAUCGCCGACAAGGUAAAGAACUUCCUGGACUACACAAACAACGGAUCCUAUUUCGUCUUCGGACACCUCGCCUCUGGGUGGAACCUGACCGAAGCGCUCGGAGACUUCGCCUUACCCAAGCAGGACAUGGCGCAAAACGUCACCAACGCCACAAACGUCACCGCGCCGCUCGUCGACACCAUCAAGUCGUUGCCCGGCGUUUUCAUGUUCCAGGCGCUCCCUGUGAUACUUUUCUUCAGCUUUUUCGUGAACAUUCUGUACUUUUACGGCAUCAUGCAGCGGCUUGUACUCAUAGUCGGUAGUUUUUUGCAAUUCACCAUCGGCACCACCGUGUGCGAGUCGAUGACCGCAGCCGCCAACAUCUUCCUGGGAAUGACCGAGGCUCCGCUGGUGGUUCGGCCGUUCCUGUCAAAGAUGACGCAGUCGGAGCUGCACACCGUAAUGACCGGUGGCUUCGCCACCAUCGCCGGCAGUGUCAUGGCCGCCUACAUUCGUUUCGGCGUCAGCCCCGCCCACCUGAUGACGGCGUCCAUCAUGAGCGCGCCAGCUGCGUUGGCCUACUCCAAGCUGCUGUACCCGGAGACCGAAGAAAGCCAUACGCAGCGCGAGAACAUCGAGAUGCCGAAGAGCGAAGAGCGAAACGUCUUGGAGGCGGCUUCCAACGGGACAUCCUUGGGGCUGGCCAUGAUUGGCAGCAUCGUGGCCAACCUGGUCGGCUUCCUGGCCUUCCUGGCCUUCCUCAACAGCACGCUCCAGUGGUUCGGCUCCAUCGUCACCCUGGACUACCUCACCUUCGAGUGGCUGCUGUCCAAGGUGUUCACUCCGUUGGCUUUCAUCAUGGGCGUCCCCUGGAAGGACUGCGGCACGGUCGGCGAACUGAUCGGCAUCAAGACGUUCGCGAACGAAUUCAUCGCCUACGCGCGGCUCGCCACCGUCGUCCACGAACUCGACGAGCGAUCGACGGUGAUAGCCACGUACGCCCUGUGCGGGUUCUCUAACCUCGGUUCCAUCGGCAUCUCCAUCGGUGGGCUCGGCGCCUUGGCCCCUGAGCGUAAGGGUGACUUGGCCGCCCUCUCCUUCCGAGCCCUGGCUGCAGGAUCGGCCGCCUGCUUCCUCACUGCCUGUGUGGCCGGAAGCCUCAUCCCCUAACACAGCAACCACGUGGAGCGUAUUUUUAACGUAUUUUAUGCGGCCGACUUCAGAGCUUUAACUCGGAAACUCCCAUCUAGAUACACUUGAAUGAAUAACUCGUUUUAAUGGACAUUUACUGCACAGACUUUAGUGAUAUUUCUUGCAUUGAAAAAAAAAGAAAGUAAUAUAUGCCGAUAGCAGGGGGCCUUCUUUUUAAUUUUUUUAGGCCGUCAGUUCGUUUCUUGACAAGUUGCUCAAAAAUUCUUUUAAGUUUUCAAGACUGUGACGUCAAGUUCACAAGUGUGUAACUCAGCAACAAAGACGCUAAGCAGCAUCUGUGAGCUGGCUCUUAAUGCAAAAAAAAUUAGGUGAACAUUUUGCGCUGCUGUGAAGUAUAUUAAUUAUUUGGGAAUACUACCUGUGUUCCAACGCCUUCGCAAACGAUAUAAAGAUAAGACGUAAUCUGAGAGCUAAUGUAACUUAUUUUACCACUUCGAACGUCCUGAAAUAUACAGUUCACAGAAUCGUGAUAUCCGUUUAUGGCACAAAGCUGCUACAUUGAAAAUUACAUGCUUCGUACUUUCUUUUCAAUUUUCUCUUUUUUUUACCUUUAAAUACAUCUGAUGGCUCCAAAUCAAAAUUUUCUCGCUGCAUUCGGUAGGAUCUAGCCUUUCCCUUAAAGGUCAACUGCUACGAAAUUUCCCACUGGUGAAAUUGGCUAUAUAUGAGUAGUAUUGCUAUGAUGGAACCAUGGCAAAUAUCUAGGGCUGGCAGUUGUCUAAUAUCGUUAUUAGAGGACUUCAAGUAGCUCAAUGAGCGAUGAUGCAGGUAUCUGGUGGUUAAGCGAUAUUAGAGAAAUCCCAGAAAGUUGCAUCCGAGAUAUUUACCCCGGCCUCGGAGAUUAUGCCCUGGCGCUGCGCACUUUCACAGCGUUCCGGGUUCUGCGUCACUUCCGGCGAGCGGUAAUGGCGGUGUUUUUGUCGUCUGUUUUCGAUGCCUAAAACGUCUGUUUUCGCCACGUUGUGCCGAUUCACAUGUGAAACAUCAAGUUUUCCAGGUAAGCGGACCUAGACCUGCGCUAUUUCAAUCUAGGCUGCUUACGCGGUCCAAAAUUGCGUUGCAGUUAGUCUUAAAGUGCAACGAAUUUCGUUGAAAGCGGUCCAACUGUUGUGUGACAAAAGUAGUUGGGCGCUUCACAUCUACUUGAAAAGGGUAAUCGGUGUUCGGCCCCGAGCUAAAGCACCUUGUUACCCAACGCAAGGUCACGGUGCUGUUUUUUCCCGUGACCUAGCAUGUGCACCGUUAUGCGCUCGCUUUCAACACCGCAGAACCCGUUCGAACCUAAGUUUCAGUGCGGUCAUCGCUCACCCUAAAACUGAGUCGCCGACGCUGCGCUAAAAAUGCGUCGGACAGGCAUUUCAUGUCGUUAUCACUUAAUGCACCGGUGCGUCAAAUUAUGAUGAAGCUCUCGAGGGAGCCUCACCUAUAUAUCAACUCUGCACCCAGCAUAACGCGCUUCAUUUCAAGGUGCCUACUGGUAUUCCUGGUGCGAUGUUCAUCUAUGUAAUCCGUCACGUCCAUCUUGACAUCUUCACGAUGAGUAAAAAUUAGUUUAUUUCAUUUCGAAGAAGGUAUAGACGAUCAUAGUUUCUGUUUUAUGCAGGUAUGGUUCAGCAAAUUGUAGCACUUACCUCAAUGAGGCAUCACGAAAUGCUAGCUUCUUUUUUUGUGUGUGUAGUUAUGUGCAAACAUACUGUGAACAGUUACAACCAGUGCGCUUUGUAGUGCGAAGCUGUUCUGUUUAUUGUUACUGCUCAUGAAUUAAUCGGGAGCCCCCAACAACGGCGUGCCUCAUAAUCGUAUCGUGGUUCUGGCGCGUAAAACCGCAGAAUCUAAUUAAUAUAUCGAUUUUUCGCCUAGGCGCAUAAGCUUCCGUCCACGGAUAUGUCCCGCAUCUUUUCGUAUAACGCCCUGUCGGCGAAUAACAUGAAUAACAAAUAAAAAGCUAUAUCUCUUUAAAAGAAUAGGAGUGUGUGACCAUAUGGAAGAAGAUGGCAAUGGGGCCAAAAAAAGUACUUAUACAUUUGUUGGUGCUUCCUAUAAUAUAAGCUCGAACACUCUACAGAGACUGAAAGACAGUGUCUAGGCCGCCGGACCACAUUGUCAUGCAAAGCGAAUUGCAGACCUAUUCAGUUCAAGGUAGCCUGGUUCGGUGCUUUGUUCGACUCAGGCGCAAUCAAGACCAUCGUAUCGACGCGGGGGCCACUCAUUUUGACGAUACCGUUCACCAGACGAUGACCAAAAGACAUGUCUGAGACCGGUGAAAAUACUCGACCGUUUGCUGGAAACCUCGGCUUGCCUACGAUGGUGCCUACGCAAAAGCGUGUGUGUGUGUGAUCUUCCACAAUCGCGUGAACUAUCUUGUACAUCGUGGACGGCACGUCAUCGCAAAGUUUGCGUUUGACGGUCGUGGCGGCAACUGAUUCAACAAUGUUCCCGACAAACCCUUCUGACAAACUUUCGUAUGUAUCUUCCCACCGUUCCCGGCUGUCAUGCACUGGCUUUUGUUGUCCUGUACAAUUCAUACUGCCUUUGUUACUGAGAGGAAAGCAGCUGUUAUUGUCGUUGUCAUUUUUGUUGUCGUUGUCGUGUUGUUGUUGUUUACUCAAACUGGAAACUCCAGGAAAACAAGGAGAUUUAGUCACCAUGCAAUGCUGACGGCUACUUUUCAAGUCGCAAGGAUGUAAAAAAGAAUAUAAGUUAUUGUUGUCCUUGUCUUUGUUGUUCUUUCUGUAAUUUAUUUUCCUUGAGAUUCAUCGCGCUUUUUGUCAACGGCAGUGAGCUCACUGAGAAAGUCACAUGCCGCUCUUUGAAACAAGUGUAGCCUAGUUGCUCCUUUGUCGACCGAGCUCAGGUCCGUGAGAUCGCCAGCCGGACGCACUAGCCUCUUGACUUACAAAGGUCAAACUUUUCCUUACUUGUUUAAGAAAGAGAAAGAUUGUAGCUCGGAAUGCUGCAGAUGUUGACCGCAACAGCCAGCUUAGCUUAGCUUAGCUUAGCUUAGCUUAGCUUAGCUUACAGCUACAACUUAGUGCGCUGAGCGCAUACGUUCUCUCGAUCUCUAUAUGCCAAGAAUGAACACAGCGCUGCUGAAAGGCAACGCCAUCGGGUAACAGAGGCGACGUCGUCAUUAUUGAUGUGACGGCUUUGCAGCGAUGCCUACUGAAACACUAUCUGAAUGAAAUACUAACAUUUACGCUUUGCGAUAUCUUGCGCCGAAAUGGUAUUGUAGUCUGUCGACAGUUUUCUCUCCUAAGUGCGCUUCUGUGCAUUGCAAACUACAUUUCUGACAAAUGCCUUGCAGACAGUCCUUUAGAUAACUAGAAUUAUUGCGUUUUGAAAACAAGAUUCCCACCGCCGCUGGGCACCCACUGGUUCAAAUGGGUACAAGCGUGCCCCGGCCUGGCGUUCGGCUUUCUUCGGGGGUGAUGCGCUUGGGAAAGGAGCCUGCGCCC